GCUAUUUUCAGGCAGUUAUUUAGGACAUACCCAUGGGUCCUGAAGGGGCCUUGUAAGCCUACUAAGCAAUUGAAAUAUACAUCAGCGAGGUUUGGAGAUGCCCCCCAAAGGGAAAAGCUGCUCCGGGAAAGCGGGGAAAGGGGGAGGAGCUUCUGGGAGUGACAGUGCUGACAAGAAGGCUCAGGGUCCCAAAGGUGGUGGCAAUGCAGUAAAGGUCAGGCACAUUCUGUGCGAAAAACAUGGAAGAAUCAUGGAAGCCAUGGAAAAGUUAAAGUCUGGAAUGCGAUUCAAUGAAGUGGCCACACAGUAUAGUGAAGAUAAAGCCAGGCAAGGGGGUGACUUGGGUUGGAUGACCAGAGGCUCUAUGGUAGGACCAUUUCAAGAAGCAGCAUUUGCCUUGCCUGUGAGUGGUCUAGAUAAACCUGUCUUUACAGACCCUCCAGUUAAGACUAAAUUUGGUUAUCAUAUUAUUAUGGUAGAAGGGAGAAAAUAAAAGU